ACCAGUAUAAAUUUUAUCUUGUUAUAACCUCAAUGUUUGCACGUUACUUUUCUUUCCUAAAGAUUGUGAUUUAUAUUGUUUAGAAAAUGUCACGUCCGGAGUAUUUGGCACCACCAGAAAUAUUCUACAACGAUGAGGAGGCUCGUAAAUACACACGAAACACUCGCAUUAUAGACAUCCAGGUGAAAAUGUCCGAACGCGCAGUGGAAUUACUCCUCUUGCCAGAAGACCAACCUUGCUUUUUACUGGAUAUUGGCUGUGGAUCAGGGUUGAGUGGAAGUGUUCUUGAAGAUGAUGGACACUAUUGGAUAGGCAUGGAUAUUUCAAAAUCAAUGUUGGAUAUUGCUAUAGAAAGAGAAGUAGAGGGUGAUGUGAUUCUUUCUGAUAUGGGCCAGGGAUGCCCAUUUAGAGCAGGCACAUUUGAUGGCUGCAUUAGCAUUUCAGCCCUGCAAUGGCUUUGCAAUGCGGACAAAACCUCACACAGACCAGUCCAAAGAUUGUACACAUUUUUCAGCACUUUGUAUGCUUGUUUGUCUCGAAAUGCGCGCGCUGUUUUUCAAUUCUACCCUGAGAACUCUAACCAAAUGGAGUUGAUCACUGCGCAGGCAAUGAAAGCGGGUUUCUAUGGCGGAGUGGUUUGUGACUUUCCCAACUCUACAAAGGCCAAGAAAUUCUUUCUGGUGCUUAUGACUGGCGGUAAUAUGCCUCUGCCUCAAGCACUGGGUGAUCAAGAGGACAAAAACUGUGUCUCGUAUAUGGCGAAACGUGAGCAUGUGAAGAAAGCGCGCGGUAAGCCAUUGAAGAACUCACGCGAGUGGAUACAGGAGAAGAAGGAGCGGCGGCGUCGACAAGGCAAGGAGACACGUGCGGACUCCAAGUUCACAGGUCGCAAACGCAGCGGUCGUUUCUAGGCACUCAUGGUAUCAAGGACUUGUUUUAUGUAAAAUAUAUCUAUUUAUAAGUUGA